GGAAAGUAUUUCAAGUUCAUGGAGUAAUAAGAGUAAGAGUGAUACAAGAUCUGCCGAAAUCCCUCCAGACAGUUGGAAAAGAAGAAUUUCUAGACUCUUCAUUAAGAUCUUCAUUCACACAAUUGUUAAGUCCAGGGCUACUGAGGUGAAACCAUGAAUAAAAAUACAUCUGCUGUGGUAUCAUCUGGUCUACUCGAAAAGGAUCCUGCCUUUCAGAUGAUUACUGUUACCAAGGAAACAGGCCUUGGUCUGAAGAUCAUAGGAGGCAUUAACCGGAGUGAAGGUCCCUUGGUAUAUAUUCAGGAAGUUGUUCCUGGCGGAGACUGUUAUAAGGAUGGACGUUUGAAGCCAGGGGAUCAGCUGGUCUCGAUAAACAAGGAAUCUAUGAUUGGUGUAUCAUUUGAAGAAGCAAAACGCAUAGUUACCAGAGCCAAGCUGAGGUUAGAAUCUGCUUGGGAGAUAGCAUUCAUAAGACAAAAAUCUGAUAGCAAUCAUCCAGAAAAUCCACCAUGUCCAUCCUUUUUACAAGCUUCGGGAGAAUGUGGACCUCAAACCUCAACAUUUAGUUUUCUUUCUUCUCCCUCGGAAGUACUAAUUCCAAGGACCUCAUCCACUCCCAGAACUACAGAAACUGUUUUACCUUCUGUUAAGAUAAAUCAGAUAAAAACUGGAUACAAGAAAACAGAGCAGACUCCAGUUGCUUCUUUGGACAACAGCGCUACAGAUAUGUCUAAUGCAGAUAUUACCCCUGCCUGGACUGGUAAUUAUGGAAUACGAGGAAAGAAGAUUUCCCUAAAUUCUUCUGUUCGCCUUAAGGCAGAGAAACUGGAAUUGGCCUUAAAUUAUCUUGGUAUUCAGCCCACGAAGGAACAGUACCAAACCCUGAGACAGCAAGUGCAAGCAGACGCAAAGGGGACAGUGUCUUUUGGAGAUUUUGUCCAGGUUGCCAGAAACUUGUUUCGUUUGAAGUUGGAUGAAGUAAAUGUUGGUGCACGUGAAAUUUCCAGCAUAUUAGAAUCACAGAUUUCUCAUCUUCCCUGUGAUUCCUUAGAAGCAGAUGAAAAGGAAAGACUUAAGCGUGAAAGACAUGAUGCCUUGGAAGAAGUGAAUACACUUAAGGAAAAAUUACUUGAAUCAGAAAGGCAAAGGAAACAAUUGACAGAAGAACUCCAGAAUGUGAAACAAGAAGCCAAAGCCGUAGUUGAAGAAACGAGAGCCCUGAGAAGUCGGAUUCAUCUUGCUGAAGCUGCACAGAGACAGGCACAUGGAAUGGAAAUGGACUAUGAAGAAGUGAUCCGUCUGUUAGAGGCCGAGAUUACAGAGCUAAAGGCUCAGCUUGCUGAUUAUUCUGACCAAAAUAAAGAAAGUUUUCAGGAGUUAAGAAAGAGAAUCACAGUACUUGACUGCCAAUUACGAAAAUCAGAGAUGGCAAGAAAAACUUUUGAAGCAUCCACUGAAAAACUUCUUCAUUUUGUAGAGGCUAUUCAAGAAGUAUUUUCUGAUAAUUCUGCCCCUUUAUCAAAUUUAAGCGAAAGAAGAGCUGUGUUAGCUUCGCAAACUUCCCUCACACGGCUGGGAAGGAACGGACGUACAGCGGCACUGGCACUUGAAUCUAAGGAGCUUGUUAAAUCUGUUCGUGCCAUACUUGAUAUAGAUUGUCUACCUUACGGGUGGGAGGAAGCUUACACAGCAGAUGGAAUCAAGUACUUCAUCAAUCAUGUAACACAGACCACAUCCUGGAUCCAUCCUGUGAUGAGUGCACUGAACCUGUCUUGCUCGGAGGAGAAUGAAGAGGAUUACUCCAGAGAACUUCCCGACCAGAAGAGCUAAUGGUUUUCUGUUGGAAGCUGAACUCUGUGGUCUUCUGUGAUCUCAGUCUGCAUGGAUGGUCUGAAACUAAGCAGUCUAAAAUGAGAGUAAAACACACACACUACUUACUGAAAUUGUGAAACGGAAACUCUUUAUUUAGGCUAUUUUGUAAAACUUUUUGAUAUAACUGUACACAUUUACAAGAUCAGUUGCCACUGUAGUAGUACUUUAAGAAUAAUCUAGUCAUAUUUUUAAAUCAUAUAUAAUUAGAUUUUAUAAUAUGUAUAAUUUUUCACAUAUAAUUAGAUCCUUGUAAUUUUACUAUAUAGUUCUUUAUAUCAAAUAACUAUGUAUCAGAUACAAUAGUUUUUAUAAUUAAGACAUUGGAAAAUUAUGUGGACAUAGCGAAAUACUUCAUUUAUUUGAGAAUUCAGUGUUUUAUAUUUUAAACUUAGAAAAGGACUUGAGCAAGUUUUUUUGGGUUUUUUAAGAAUCACAUUUAGUAAACCAUCUCAGACUACUGCAUAUAGCUUACAUCCUUAUGGGGCUUUCUGAUACACAAAAUGCUUUUCAGACACUGUUUUUACUUAAACCAUGCAACAUGCCUGUGAGGCAGAGCCAGCAGGUAUUUUUAUUCUUACUUUUCAGUUAGGGAAAUAGCACUAAAGAGAAAUAAAGCAUCUUGUCCUGGAGCUGAGACUCACACCUAAGUCUUCUGCUUCUAUGUCCAGGCCCCUUUCCCCCGCACGUUGCUGUCCCUGCAGAGGGAGAUCCAGCCCCACACACAGGGCCGCAGAUCUGCUGCUGAGGCUGAGUUCUGCAGCUAUGCACUCCUGGGUCCACAGCCCUUCAGGAGGUGCGCUCUCCGGUCAAACAUGGUCCCCGCAUAACCCUACCGUUCCGCUGUAGGCUCUCCCCAGUUCUUCACCCCCAAACACUCACUAAGGACAGGCAGGACUGGGUGAUGUUUUUUUAACAGGCCUCUUUUUCAACAGCUCACAUUUUUCUGAAGUCAUGGGGCUGGCUAUCACGCAUAUACCCUACUUAGAUUGCUCUUGACAGAGGGAGCAUUUGAGGGGAGGUGAUGAAGAGGGACAUGUAGAACCUUAUUUUCUAUCAAAAGAAACAUCCUUGAAUUCUCCUGCUGUGAGUUCAAGACUGACUUCAUUGUCACUGAUGUCCCCUCCAAACUUAUGAUACUUUUGACUGUAUUUUGUUGUAAGAAUGCUGCUUGAUAGUUUCUGGAAGGAAGGAGCCAUUGACUUGGAGAGCUGAAGAUUUUCUCUUAGUUUAACUAUUUAAACCUGGGACUGGGAACUGGGGGUGGACUGGGAAGGAAGUCUUUUUAAAUGUCCUGGACAUUAGUUACCAACUGAAUAAUAAAAAGGGAUUUAUUCCAAUCAAAUAUUACUAUAUUGUUAGGUAGUAUACUUAGAAAGAAUCGCUGAUUAAUCAGAAUGCCCUAGUCCCAAACCAUGCCUGACAACACUGAAAAGUCACUGUCACUCUGCCCUCUUCUCCUCCCCACCACCACGGCUCUAACCACCCCUCCUCCUCCACCUCCCUCCCUUCCCUCUUGCCCUCCCUCCCCACUCCUGAAAUACAAAUAGGAAAAAGGAACUCAGAAUCUUGAGGAUCACCUGAUUUAGUGAUUUUCAAACAUCUGUUGAUGAAAAAGAUUCAUUUUUCAAUUGAAUUCUCAUGCAGAAUCCCAAUAUAUGUAACAGAUAUUUUUAAAUAUUGCUGCCCUGCUUGAAACAAUAUUGAGGCCUGGAGCCCAUUAAAGCAGCCCCCAGCACAGCUUGUGCUAACCUGGAGCUCCUUAUAAUAUGGUGGAAGGAUCAUCAAUUGUCACCAUUUUAUGGAUGAGUAAACUAAGAUCCUAAGAGUUCACAUGCUAGUGGCUGGGUCACACAGCACCCAUGUGUGGAAGGUGGGGUCGUGAAGUCCAUUGUCUGAAACCCCUGUGCAGAGAGCUGCUUAGAUCGGUUGCGUGUGACAUGGUGGGCAGAACAGGGGUCUGUGGGUCAGUUUUACAAAGAGGCAGAUCCCAGUUCAGGGCGAUAAGGAACUUGCUGGUAGUUGAUCUCAUCAGGAACGAAUGCCUCAGGACAAGGGAGCACUGUCCCAGGAAGUGUUCAGGAAGACUGAGCCCUCAAUCUGAACUCCAUGGGAACGUUGCUGAAGGUUCAGCAUCCCAGUUGGCUGGACCGUGUGAGUGCUGUCUGAGGUCCUUCCUCUUUAUUCUUCUGUGACCUCUAACCCAACAGAUAAAUGCCCCAAGGGGGGCUCUAAGAAACAUAUGGUGGGGACUCAUUAAGAAUCCUUAUCCAAUGCAAACAGAACCAUAAGAUAAAUUUUUGAUGAGUUGACACUUAUAUAACUAGUCUUUCUUUAAUGUAAAAUCAAUCCUAUUGAUAUGAUCACUAUUAAGUCUUCUGUUGAUCCACUGACUCAGAUUUCAGGGUUAUAAAGAGUGACCAGGUGUAGUCAUCCUUACUCAUUUAUUCUCAGAAUAUUUACUGAGCACCAACAACAUGCCAAGCAUGGUGCUAGGCACUGUGGUGAUGUAGAGAAGAAGUAGCUGACCAUUUCCUGGAUGUUGCUUGCCGUUGGUUAAAAAGCAAAAAGCUUCUCAGGUGGCCAGAACUGAACGGCUUCUCUUUGAUUUCUGAAUUUUAAAAAUAACCUGCUUCAAUUUAAAAAUGUCAUAUAGAACUGAGUGAAGUAAAAAAGAAAAUAGCCGAUCUGACUUUCCAGAGGCAGCCACCACUAUACUUUGAUGAGUAUUUUUCCUUAAAGCAAGUCAUAUGUUAAGCAGCUUUCUUUUGACUUAAGUAUUGUGGUCAUUUUUUUCAUGUCAAUACAUAGAUUAAUGUCAUAUUUCAAAUAUCUGCAUAAUAUGUCACUAUCCUGAUAACUACUAAUUUCUGUAGCCAGCAAUCUAUUGAUGAACAUGUAGGCUGUUUUAAGUUGGCUUCUCUUACUAACAAUGUUGCAGUGAACAUUCUGUGUGUCCAUUAAAUCUUUUUCUUCGUGUCUGUGCACUCUUCUGCCAAUAUGUCUACAGUGGGAAUACAUUUGUAAGUAAAAAUACCCAAGUCCAGGGUUCGUACAUUUUAAUUUGGGUAGAUAUUCAUAAAUUCUCAAAAACAGGACCAUUUUACACUACCAUCAAUACUGUAUGGGAGCUUUUUUUCAUACAUAUUACAGGAUUUUUUUUUAGUUCAUAGAUUGCCAAUAACUCUUUUCUGUUUUUGUUCUUAGAAGACUAAUCCUCUUUCCAUCAUCGUCAAAGGUCCUGAGUUUCUUCAUCAUUAGGUUUUAGUUGUCCCUUAGCAGCAAAGACUGCAAAGACUGACUUGCCAUAUGUUGAAUACAUCAUUACUCUCAUCUUUUUACUUGAAAAUACUGACCUCUCCUACUUUAUAUAUAAUGGUGGUGAGGACCAACUUUUCAAUGAUGUGUCCUGGGUGAGAACCCUUGAUAAAGGCAAAGCACAGCAUGUACAAAUGCACCUGCAAGUUCUUUAAGCCUCAGUUUUCCUGUCUAAGAAUGAUAGUAAUACCCUGAUUCUUCCCAGAUCGGUUAACUCAGAAACCAUUCCCUGACUACCUGCUAAAUGCCAGACAAGAUGCAAGGUCUUCAAGUUGCCAUGGUGAAUAAUUCUGAUUCCCAAAUCAAGAAGCUCAUAAUCUAAAACCUUUCUCCUUUCUUUUUUUUCAAAAACCUUUAUUUUUUUCUUAAAGGAGAAAGAGGUUAAGGGGUUGUUUAGUAAGAACCCCUGAGGAGAGACCCUUUUUUACUUAUUAAAUUUCAAUAACUCCAAAAUACUAUCAGUGGCACCCUUUGACUAAAAAUGAAAGCCAAGGAACAUAUUGUAUGAAGGGCCUCUCAUAACAAAUGCUAAGCAGCUGUGAAAAUAGAGUCAAAUGAUACUUUCGUAAACUGUUUGCAAAAUUAGAAAAUAUUAUCUUUUUUCUAGAGGGAAAUGGGCAUUUUUAUUUUCCCUGCUAAGCGAAAUGCAACUUUUUCAAGGGUCAGCAAACUUGAGUUUUACAAUACAUAGAACAAAAAGAACUGAACUACCCAAACAACUUAUACACACUAUCACCUGUAAAGUUUGAGAAGGUGGAAAGAACUUUAAAUAAAAUAUGCCUAACAUUAGAAGAAAACUAAGAUGUUUUAACCACAGCUGUCCACAUGUAAUGUCAUUGUGCCUGCAUGAUGAUUAUGUAAAUAUUAAAUGGAAUUGUUUGCUUUCUUCA